AUUUUACUUCCGCUCGGUCUAUGUGGACUGAUGAAAUGUAGGAAAUCUGUUUCUGGCAGGGGGAAAAAUCGUUUUCCCAAACUGCACCAAGAGGAGACUUCAGAGAAGUAUGAAGAGGGGCAGUGCGACUGUAGCUGCUGCCGCUGCCGCUGCCUCUGCCGCUGUACUGGUGGGGUGCGGGGAGCCGCUGCUGGAGGACCUGCGCCUGGAGGGGGCCGGCCCCAAGAAUCUGCAGGAGCCCAGGCGGGAGCCCUGGCGUCUCUGAAAGCAGCCAACAGCACAGCUCGGAACCCGGGGGUAUUACAAGUGGAUAAAUAAUGUGCACAGCUCUGAGCCCAAAGGUGCGCAGUGGGCCUGGCCUCUCUGAUAUGCAUCAGUAUAGCCAAUGGCUGGCCAGCAGACAUGAAGCUAAUUUGCUACCGAUGAAAGAAGAUCUGGCCUUGUGGUUAACCAAUCUAUUAGGGAAGGAGAUCACAGCAGAAACGUUUAUGGAGAAAUUGGAUAAUGGUGCUUUGCUCUGUCAACUUGCAGCAACUAUGCAGGAGAAAUUCAAAGAGAGCAUGGAUGUUAACAAGCCCACAAAGAGUCUGCCAUUGAAGAAGAUUCCAUGCAAAGCCAGUGCACCGUCAGGCUCCUUUUUUGCCCGAGAUAAUACAGCAAAUUUCUUAUCCUGGUGCCGAGAUUUAGGUGUGGAUGAAACAUGUCUAUUUGAAUCUGAAGGUCUGGUCCUCCACAAGCAACCCCGAGAAGUUUGUCUCUGUUUGCUAGAGCUUGGCCGGAUUGCAGCCAGGUAUGGUGUGGAACCUCCUGGUUUGAUAAAAUUGGAAAAAGAAAUUGAACAAGAAGAAACACUUUCUGCCCCUUCUCCUUCACCUUCUCCUUCAUCAAAGUCUUCUGGGAAAAAGAGUACAGGAAACUUACUGGAUGAUGCAGUGAAACGAAUUUCAGAAGAUCCUCCUUGCAAAUGCCCAAACAAGUUCUGUGUGGAGCGACUUUCUCAAGGAAGAUACCGAGUAGGAGAAAAGAUUCUCUUCAUUAGGAUGCUGCACAACAAACAUGUCAUGGUUCGUGUGGGAGGAGGAUGGGAGACUUUUGCAGGGUAUUUGUUGAAACAUGACCCCUGCCGAAUGCUGCAGAUCUCCCGUGUGGAUGGCAAGACAUCCCCCAUCCAGAGUAAAUCUCCAACCCUUAAGGACAUGAAUCCUGAUAAUUACUUGGUGGUCUCUGCCAACUAUAAGGCUAAGAAGGAGAUUAAAUGAAACUAAUUGGUUAUGACAAGGAGACUCUCAGAAUGGCCUAUAUCCACUUCUCCAGUGUAGUCAGUUUAGUUUACAUGCUCUGAAAACUACUUUGGAAAAAGGCGUAAUAGAAAGAAAAAAAAAUGUCAUCAUAAUGCAAAAUGUUCGAAGAGUAGCACUAUUUAUUUUCAAUGCUUCUGUAGAAAAUGACCUAUUCAAAGAAAUUCUAAACUCAGAUUUCAAUUAGAUGAGUUAUAGACAAAUUAUUAUUUGUCAAUACGUGAGCAUGGUAUUUAGAACACAAUACUAGGAACACAAUUCUAGCUAUAGAUGCUCAAGAAAAACUUUCAGGAGAAAUUAUUUAGGAUUUGCAGAUAAGUCAACAGAAAGUGCCUGCUGUAUGUUAUGAGUAAAAGCACCCCAGACAUUUUUAUAAUUACAGAAUUUUUAAGCUAUUUUUUACAAAAUAACAAUUUGUGUGAUAAUGUGCUACUAAAAAAUACCCAAUGACACUAUAAGUUCAGAGGACUCAGAACAGUAAUACUUUACUGGAAAGGCCAAGUCAGAAAAGUUUACAUUCACUUGGAAGAUUGCCUUAAAGUUGAUCUCUUAUUUUUGACCAAAUAUCUGGGGUACUUUUGGAAGUCUUCAAGACACCCCCUUAGCGAAUAGUUUAUGAUUUCACACACACGUAAGCAUACGUCUGUGUUUAGCAUGACUUAGUGUAACUCACACACACAAGCUGACAUACAUUUAUAUUUUGAUGAGUGAAUUGUACGAAUAUUCAUUACUUCAUGUUAUUUUAAAGCAUUUUCUUAAUUAAACUAUAUCUAAAUCCUACAUUGCUAUGCUGUCUAGUAAAUUCACUGUAGCUAAUGAUAUUACAGACUUAUGUAUACCCUCAUAUACCUGGACAGGGCUGUUUUGUACCAAUAAACAGCAAAGUAUUAUCCUCACUGAUUGAAAAAAUUAAAAACAUAAAUUUUUAAAAUGCUACUUGUUUCUCUAUCAAUGCUUCAAUCUGAAAUAAAGUUCAUCUUCAAAUGGCUUAUUUCCCUGAGAGUUUUUAGGAGAGCCAAAUAAUCUCUCUUAUCCUUCUUUCUUCACAUCUUUCCUUGAUCAUAGGUUGGAAAGUUUAACUUUUAAAGACCUGGAUGAGUAAAGUCCACCUGGAUAAGCCUCCAAAAAAGGUCAUUAACUUGAUCACAUUUACAAAAUCUCCUUUGGUAUAGAAAAUUAUAUAUUUAUGCAUCCUUAGAAUUAGGGCAGAAACAUAUUUGGGGGAAGAGGAGGAUUAUUAGUCCUAUACCACAUCUAAAAUCAUCUUUUACAUAUUGUUAAGAAAAUGGUUACAGCAUGGGGUCCAGCUCCUAACUAAUCAGUACUGAAAAGGGAUGUGGGGAGAUGAGACUGUGUUUAGAAGGAAAUGAAGAAAUGUAAAAGGCUCUUGCUGACUCCUGAGUGAAGACUGGCCAGGCAGUGGACUUAACUGUGCUAGUAUCACCUUAUUCUCAGCUAGAAGUAAGAUCCAGGAGAGUGUGAUGGAGAAGAUGAGUCCUAUCCAUGUAAAUAAAGGACUCCAAACCAAUAUAAUCUAGAAACCUGAAUGAUAAUAACAGAGGGGAAAUAUCCAAAAAAUGAAGUCCAGGUAAAUAAUCAGUGAAAAGAACACAGCCAGAAGUGAGUCCAGCACAAGGAGCAGAUUGAGCUGGUUCUGGAGCUAUUCUGUGAACCACUUUUACUGUAUUAUUUCUCCUACUGUGGGAUGGAGAAAUCCUUUCAGUUCCUAAACUGACUCAUCCACACCCAAAGAAUGACUUCAGAAACUCUCAAAGUAUUCAGGUUGGACUGUUUGGAAAUUAGUACGGGAACUGUUAGAUGUCUUGCCUACAGAUUUUUUGUAGUAGCCUGAAGGAUAGAUGGAAGGUGAAUGGACAGAAACUUCUAGCCAUCAAUGCAGCUCAAAGGAAAGAACUUCUUAAUAAAAAUUAAGAUGCAAUGCCCACUUCAUGAAGUGGUGGGCAUUGUGUCACUGAAAAGACAAUUGCAAUGUUCUGCCCUUAAAAUAUGAAGGGCAUUAAAUUGAAACUCAGCAUAAGCUAAGUACAGUCUUACAAAGAUAGUCACUGAAGUUCAGGAUAUAACAAAGAUAUCACAUCCAUAUCAAGGAAUUAAUGCACAUUUAGUUCUUAAACCAGAGCAGUCCUAUUUUGAG